CUACAAGCUGUUGCUGGUUGUUUGUUACCCCAUCGAUAUGCUGCCAUAGGUAAUGUGGCUUUUUGUUGUUUAUUUCAACCUUUGCGGCCGCAUCGAAUCAAAGUUUCUCACCAGCAAAAAGAGCUGCUCUCGAGUCUCGAGUUGUUCAAGCCAAGCUGCUCUGCUGCUGCUGCACUUCGUCGUGGCACAACCAGAUAGUCAGUGAGUGGACGAACCUGCGCGCUUUGCCCAGAGCUGGUGGUCACAAUCAUCUCUGAUAAGUCUGACUCCGUCAUCGAUCCCCGGUGUAGUAGGUUCGAUUGGAGAUAAGUCGUUAGAACAUUUCGUGGAUGUAGGAAAGAUAUCCGUAUUCGUGCUCGAGUGGUGAGGACGUGAUGGGAAUCGUUAGCUUAGCUGCCAUAUGUCGCGCCGAUUGAUUAUGAUUAGAAGUGAAUGAUGAGUACCAGAACAGCGUAGAAGAGACAUCCUCUCGAGACGGUGACUGUGUGGUGCAGCAUUUAGUAGGUUAGGGCCGUUGUAGGUCGGGGUCAUCAAUAAGAAAAAUGGUGAUCAGCGCCACCAACAAGAUGUUCCUGCUGACCUUCGUGCUGUUUGUGCUGUGUGUGGCGCUCUUUUUCGUGCUGGUAACGAUUCGCAAGAACGAGAAAAACGCCCAAUGGGAGCAGUUUGUCCGGCGGGGUCAGCAUCGAUUCACCGCGACCGGGACCACCAAUCAUUGGUACUUUGUGAUAAGAGACAUCGACAAAAUCAAAUCGCUAUCACAGGUGCGCAACCUCGAGAAGGCGAACCGCAUCGAGCCGACCGAGGGCGGAUUUGUGCUGCACGGUUCCGACUACGAGAUCGCAUUUGACCGGGUAUCGCCACACCGACGAUCUUCGAUCGACGCCCGAGCCAAACUGUCCAUGGUCACAUCGUCUUCUUCUUCUUCUCCUUCGGGGUCCAGCAUCAUUGGAAAUAUGGAAGAGGACUAUAUUCUGUCGCUAGUUAAACGGAAACUCUACCCAUGGGACGUGAAAUCGAAAACCAAUGACGAUAAGGGAUGAUUAGUGUUGAUUGGUUUUUUAUGCUUGUUUAAGUUUCAUUUGUGAGAAACUAUCGAAGACCAUAGAAUUUUAGCAAAAUUCAUGCUAAAAGAAAAUUAGAAUUUAAUGCAAUUUCGCCAAUAAGUUAGUCUAGUCGACUGAUCGACAGAGUGUCAUGGACAACGAUUUCAGAGAAAGGUUUAAAAAAACAAAAUACAUUCGAUUCGAGUAACAUACAACACAUGUGAUAGAAAAACAGUUUUACUUAUUAAUUACCUACUUACUUAUAAUAUUGUUAAGAAUCCUCUGUUUGAAUUAAAUAAUUA